GCCGCAACACCCAGUCAUUCACGCUGGGCUCUUCUCAAAUCCGCGGUGUCUUUUCCAACUGUUCUCUCGUGAGUCUAUUUUGUUGAAUUUGGACGGAUUCCUUUGCAAUUAUUGCAGUUCAUUCGACUUAAAACAAUCAAAGUAGUUUUCAGUAUUUUGAUUCUCCCCUUGAUCUUGCUAAUGCGGGUGCGCAGCAAGUUUACCGAACCUUCAAACUUGCUCCAUAUGAUUCGGAAGUAAAGCACGUGACGUUACCUGGGAUUGAGUGCACCUGGUAUAAAGUCAAUUACCAUGUUAGGAUAAUUUAUACGGAGGACGGAGUCGAUUGGAGCAUGUAUUUCAUGUUGACCAAUAUGCGCUUUCAUAACUGAUAUCGAAAUGUGGGGAAGUUCUCUGCCGAUGGACACAAGCCGAACACAGCGGAGACCAGCCCUGCUCCUGGAUGGGUGAGGUCCCUGCCAACCCAGUCGGCCAGUGAAACAUCCCCCCCCCACCCCUCUCUUCCCAACCAGGGUCCCCCAGAGGAGCAGCAGGGAUGUACCAGGAGGUGGCCUUCCUAGCGGGCAGCACGGAAAAAGAGUUUACGCCCUUCCACUUCCCCCUGGAGAACCAGCAGGAGGUGGUCACUAAGAAGGGUGUGUUCUUUAAACGGCAGCGACUGCUGCGGAGGCCCAAUGAGGCGCAGGAGGAGAACGACCAGUCAGCCGUCAUCAAUGUAGGCGGGAUCAGGUACCGUAUCCCCUGGUCCGUUCUGGAGGAGUUCCCUCUGACGCGGCUGGGCCGGCUGAGGAGCUGCAGCUCAUUGGACGAGAUCAUGAAGGUGUGUGACGACUACGACGACGGGCGCCAGGAGUUCUUCUUUGACCGCAGCCCAUCUGCGUUCCGCACCAUUGUGACGUUCCUGGCGGCAGGGCGGCUCCGACUGCUGAGGGAGAUGUGUGCCCUGUCCUUCCAGGAGGAGCUUGUCUACUGGGGCCUGGAGGACACCAGGCUGGAGUGGUGCUGCCUCAGGAAGCUACGCAUCAGACAGGAGGAGCUCAAGGAGCAGCUGAGGAUGGAGGAGGAGGAAGCAGAGCUCACCACCACCCUGACCCCCCAGAGCUGUGAGGAUGGGCUUGUGCACUCCGGGGCGGGGGGGGAGGAGGAGGAGAGCCGCAUGGCGGGGUGUAUGCGCAGGCUUCACGACAUGGUGGAGAACCCUCAAUCUGGACUUCCUGGGAAGAUCUUUGCCUUUCUGUCGGUGGUGUUUGUGGCCAUCACCGCGGUAACACUCUGCAUCAGUACCAUGCCUGACUUCAGGGAGGAGGAGGAGAGGGGUGAGUGUUCUCAGAGGUGCUACAAUAUCUUUGUCCUGGAGACGGUGUGUGUGGCCUGGUUCUCUCUGGAGUUCCUGCUGCGCUUCAUCCAGACGCCGAGUAAGUGUGUGUUCCUGAAGACGCCUCUCAACAUCAUCGACGUGGUGGCCAUCCUGCCCUACUACAUCACCCUGAUCGUAGACUCUCUGUCUGAGGGAGGGGAGAAGCCCAGCGGCGGGAACAACUACCUGGAGAAGGUGGGCCUGGUGCUGCGGGUACUCCGGGCCCUGAGGAUCUUCUACGUGAUGCGUCUGGCGCGCCACUCCCUGGGGCUGCAGACCUUAGGCCUGACGGUCCGACGCUGCACCCGUGAGUUCGGCCUGCUCCUCCUCUUCCUGUGUGUUGCCAUGGCACUUUUCUCCCCUCUGGUGUUCCUGGCGGAGAGCGAGAUGGGCGCCAAGUAUGACUUCACCAGCAUCCCUGGCACCUACUGGUGGGCGGUGAUCUCCAUGACAACGGUGGGGUACGGGGAUAUGGUGCCGCGGAGCAUCCCGGGUCAGGUGGUGGCGCUCAGUAGCAUCCUCAGUGGGAUCCUCCUGAUGGCGUUCCCCGUCACCUCCAUCUUCCACACAUUCUCUCGGUCCUACCUGGAGCUGAAGGAGGAGCAGAACAGAACGCUGAGACAGAAACCAGACUUCCAGGACUCCACCAAGUCUCAGAACAGCGAGGACUCGGCCGAGACCGACAGUUAUCAUGGCAUCACUGAGGCCGCCGCCUCCGCAUUACGCAAGAAGUCCAUCGCCAUUGCGUCACAGAGGAGGGCCAUGCAGACUCAAGACUGAGUGUGUGUGUGCAAUGUGAGAGCCUGAGGUUGUGCAGUGCUCUACUAAAGCUAGAGGACUACUAAAGCUAGAGGACUCUAAACAGGGAUUGGAUGUUUUUCUCGAGCUUAAGAAGAAAAGGAGCUCCGACGUUUGUGAUCCUCAUAGCUCUGUCCAUCAGACGUCAAUAGAGUUUCUAAGAUUUUAUAAGACAGCUGCAAAAGUAUUUUUGCUGACAUUAUUGGUGAAGAGCUGACCAGAAGAUAAAAAGACAAGUUCUCUGUGGUCAAAGGACAUUUCACCCAGGAGAAGAGCCCUACAACACAACAUGGGGAGAAAGCUUCUCUCUCACAAAUAUUCAGUAUGGUAAAGAUAUUAUUUUAGAGGAAAAACACCUUUCAUUCAAAUAUUAUAAUGUUGGUAUAUAUUUAGGAUAAGAAAGAUUGCAAUAAGAAAGAUUGACUAUAAACACAUUUUACAGAUUUCUGAAUGCUUAGUUUGCUUCUAUCUAGACUCAGGAUCUGCAUAUUUUAA